CCCCACUUACCUGACCCCUGUCCCCUCCCUCUCCUCUGGGAUAAAUCAGUGUGAGUGUAGUUUGCUGGCAGGGAUUGAUAUCAAGGUCUGAAGUUUGGGCAUGUUUUUAAUGGCUUUGAGGAAGACGGGGAAGGAGCGGAGAAACCCCCUUCUCACCAAAUUUUUACUUGACUGGCCCUGCUUGGUUGUGCAAGUGAAAGUUGUGUAACACAGCUGAGAGCUGGCUGUGCUCACCCAAACUGGAAAUCAUAAAUUUGGAUGUGCUUGACAGCACCAGCUGUAGAGUUCCCAGUCGCUUCUGUGAUGCACAGGAGAGGAGGUGCUGAAGGGAAGCAAGAAUUGAUUGGGACACUGAGCUCCAAACACAAAGUGAUCAUUGUGGGCCUGGACAAUGCAGGGAAAACGACCAUUCUGUACCAAUUCUCCAUGAACGAGGUGGUUCACACCUCUCCCACCAUCGGCAGCAACGUGGAGGAGAUCGUGGUGAACAACACGCGCUUCCUGAUGUGGGACAUCGGGGGCCAGGAGUCCCUGCGCUCCUCCUGGAACACCUACUACACCAACACCGAGUUUGUGAUAGUUGUGGUGGACAGCACAGACAGAGAGAGAAUUUCUGUGACUAAAGAAGAGCUGUAUAAAAUGUUAGCACACGAGGACUUGAAGAAAGCAGGAUUGCUGAUCUUUGCUAACAAGCAGGAUGUCAAGGAGUGCAUGACAGUAGCUGAGAUCUCCCAGUUCCUGAAGCUGACUUCAAUUAAGGAUCACCAGUGGCACAUCCAGGCCUGCUGUGCUCUCACUGGAGAGGGGCUGUGCCAAGGACUGGAGUGGAUGAUGUCCCGCCUGAAGAUCAGAUGAUUUUUAAUGACCUCUUUGCACAGACAUUGCUGCAGCAGAGCUGUUCCAGUGGCAGAUUGGUGGGGUGGAUGUAUUUAUACUGAACUGAUG